AUGGCGGCCGCUUCUGCUGCUUCCGGCCGCAUUAACCGCCAACAGCUGCAGGUUGGCAUGGCAACCCUCACACAACUGCGCAUGCGCUGCUGUGCACUGAGCAACCUGGUCGCGGGUGUUGGAAUUGGAGAGCCGGGCGGAGGGAGGGAGGGAGAAGCGGACGGGGAGCCGGGGCUGACCAUUGUUUACGGAGCUGGGGAGCUGCUCGCUGCAGCUCCGGCCAUGGAGCAGCCUCAGUACAAGAGUCCCGGGCCUCAGGUCGAUGGCGAGGGGGAAGCCUUUGAUUUAUCAAAUGCCAGUCGUGUGCAGACAAGCAAAGGAGAAGGUGCAAAGUUACAACUAGAUGGAAGUGUCAUCUCAUUGUUAACCUGGAACGUAGAUGGACUUGAUGAGAUGGACUUUCUGGAGCGAGCUCAUGGUGUUUGUUCCUGCCUAGCACUGUACAGUCCUGACGUAGUGUUUCUUCAGGAGGUUACAAAGUCCUAUUAUUAUUACAUAAAGCAGCGAGCAGUGAGCUACAUCCUAAUUGCAGGAGAAAAUGAUGACUACUUCUCUGUCAUUAUGCUACAUAAGUCUCGAGUGAAAUUAUUGAAAGAAGAAACAAUCGAUUUCCCAACCAGCAUUAUGAUGAGAGUCCUCCUCGUUGUUCAGGUAAACAUCGCAGGGAAUGAACUCUACUUAAUGACAUCCCAUCUGGAGAGCACAAAGGAUUUUUCUAAGGAGCGGGUUAGGCAACUGGGGAUUAUCCUGAAGAAAAUGAAAGAGGUUCCAGAUUGUGCCACUGUUAUAUUUGGAGGGGAUACCAACCUGAGAGAUCAUGAGGUGAGAAAUUUGGGAGGAUUACCAGCUGGCAUCUCAGAUGUGUGGGAAUCCUUGAACAGACAGGAACAGUGUCGUUACACCUGGGAUACCACAACUAAUGAUAAUUUGGAGGCGUCCUACUGUUGCAGGCUCCGUUUUGACCGCGUAUUUUUCAGGGCUUCCAGAGGAGGUCAAAUUAUUCCAAAGGAAAUGAGACUCGUGGGGCAAGAGAGACUGGAGUGUGGACGGUUUUGCAGUGAUCACUGGGGACUUCUUUGUGACUUUGAUGUCCUCCUCUAAGAGCAACUGCAAUACCUGGAAUAAAACAAUUGUGCCUGAAAGUCUGAGUUGUAUGAUUUCUGGAGUUAAAAUAUUCAGGGUUGUUUCUGAGUUGAUGGGAUGUCCCAUUAGCUACAUCCCACCCAUAUUUACCACGCCACUUCAGUUUGCAGUCAUCCUUCUGAUGUGCUAAAGAGAUACGUGAGGAAAAUUGUAUUGUGGCACAUUAUUGGAAUACAGGUUCUUGUGCUAAGUUAUUUAUUGGAGCAGAUCUUCAUGGUGGAAGAACACCA